GGAGUGCGGCAGUCGGACAGCCUUCAGUGACGGACUCGACGGCUGUCUGUAUGAUCUUUAGCCGUUCUUCUUUUCUUAUUAAUGCAAGACAUAUGAAUACCUGUUAAUGUCUUGGCUUUAUAGAGAAAAUAUGAAAUUCCGAAGGCGGAAUAAGUAAAUUGACAAACGUAUAUAUUAAACUUUCACAAAUGAUUCGUUGAACAGCAACUAUUUUUCUACAUGAACCUUCUGUAAGUUAAACCAAGCGCGCAAGCCACGGACUUUUUAUUCAGAAAUAAAUAUCCUAUUUGGAUGACGCAGAUCAAGAAAGGUCACAGAGGAUCAGCUGUGUUGAUGUAAAGAUGAAGAUGUUCUCAGCGUCACACAAGACCGCCUUUGUGGUGGACCAUUGUCACUACAUGGCCGAAUCGUGCCGGCAGCAGGUGGAGUUUGACAUGCUGACCAAAAACCGCGCGCAGGGCGUCAUCCCGCUGGCCCCCGUCUCCAAGUCCCUGUGGACGUGUGCCGUAGAGUGCUCCAUGGAGUACUGCCGCAUUCUCUACGACAUCUACCCCACCAGAAAACUGGUGAACUACAUAGUCAGCGACUCAGACUGUCACAUCCUGAACAGCUGGAACCAGGUGGACCAGAACACUCAAGAGCUGAUGGCGAGGCUGGCUGUCGUGGGGCCCCCCAACCCCAGCGAGGACCCCGAGUGCUGCAGCAUCCUGCACGGCCUGGUGGCCGCCGUGGGGUCCCUGUGCAAGCUGACGGAGUACCAGCACGAGGCGCGCACCACCCUCAUGGACCAGGCUGAGCGGGUCAACAACCGAGGACGCAUCAUCUGCCUUACCAAUGCCAAGAGUGACACGCACGUGCGCAUGCUGGAGGAUUAUGUGCAGGAGACCAUCCUGGAGCAGAACAAGAUCGCGGCCGCUUCGGAUCGACUGAUGCAGAUUCAACAGUGUGAGCUGGUUCUGAUCCAUACCUACCCGUUUGGAGAGGAGACUCUGGUCUCUGACCGGCCUAGAAAAGAGAUCUCCUCGGUGUUGAGCAGCGAGGUGCACAGCGUGCGGGCCGGGAGGCACCUCGCAUCUAAGCUCAACGUUCUCGUCCAGCAGCACUUCGACUUGGCCUCCACCACCAUCACCAAUAUCCCCAUGAAGCCCACAUUAAAUGUCUGUGACCAGGAGGAGCAACACGCCAACACGUCGGCUAAUUACGAUGUGGAGUUGCUGCACCACCGAGACGCCCACAUGGAGUUCAUCAAGAGCGGUGACCUUCACCCCACAGGCAGCACCCCCCGGGACAGCGGGCUGAAGGAGACAGUGACCCUGAAGUGGUGCACUCCCCGCACUAACAGCGUGGAACUCCAUUUCUGUACCGGCGCAUAUCGGAUCUCGCCGGUGGACGUCAAUAGCCGCCCAUCAUCCUGCCUGACUAACUUUCUCCUGAACGGUCGCUCGGUGCUCUUGGAGCAGCCGCGGAAGUCGGGGUCAAAGGUCAUCAGCCACAUGUUGAGUAGCCACGGUGGGGAGAUCUUCCUGCAUGUGCUCAACUGUACCCGCUCCACCCUGGAGGACCCACCGUCCAUCAGCGAGGGGUGUGGGGGCAGGGUCACGGACUACCGCAUCACCGACUUUGGGGAGUUUAUGAGGGAGAACCGACUGACACCCUUUCCAGAAGCCCAGGGUGCCGACGGUGCUGGGAAGGUCCCGCUGGAGAGGGCCAAGGGCCAGCUGGAGCGACAUACACGCUACUGGCCCAUGAUCAUCUCCCAGACCACCAUCUUCAACAUGCAGGCGGUGGUGCCAUUGGCUAACUUGAUUGUGAAGGAGAGCUUAUCUGAGGAGGAUGUGCUGACUUGUCAGAAGACAGUUUACAAUCUGGUGGACAUGGAGAGGAAGAACGACCCUCUGCCCAUCUCCACUGUGGGCACCAGAGGCAAGGGCCCCAAACGGGACGAGCAGUACCGCAUCAUGUGGAAUGAGCUGGAGACGCUGGUGCGCACCCACGUCGGCAGCAGCGAGCGGCACCAGCGCGUGCUGGACUGCGUCCUGGCCUGCCGCAGCAAGCCGCCCGAGGAGGAGGAGCGCAAGAAGCGCGGCAGGAAGAGGGAGGACCGGGAGGACAAGGCCGAGAAGAACGGCAAGGACUCGGAGGCCGAGAGGAGCUGGCAGGAGUCUGAGAGGCUGAAGGCGGCCCUGGAGCGUGAGAAGGACGACCUGCCAGAGUCGGAGGUGAUCAAGGACUCGCCGGACUCGCCCGAGCCGCUCAACAAAAAGCCCCGGCUGGAGAUGGAGGAGCUCCAGCUUCCGGAGAAGGCCAAAGGUCCAGUCUCGCUCUUCACCAUGUGGACCAAUAGGAUCAAUGCCGCAAACUCACGCAAGCAUCAGGAGUUUGCCGGGAGAAUCAACUCUGUCAACAACAAAGCCGAGCUGUACCAGCACCUGAAAGAUGAAAACGGGAUGGACUCACACGAGAAUGGGAAGGCCACCAGAUAAUGUGACUCUUUCCGAUUGGUGGAAUAGCCUGUCUGUCAAAGCUGCUUUGCGUCUUGUUAGAUUUGUACAGUGAGAUUAUUUUACUAAAAAUGUGUAGCUGGAUCGUGUGUUGCAACUUUUUACCUUUAUAUGCUGUACUCAGAUGAAAUGUUGCAGAGUUCUUCAGUUUUUUCUUAAUACAUUUCUUUUUACACACUUUUAUACUAGCAAAUUCUGAUGUUCUGAAAGGAAAUAAAAAGAAUGUGUUGCUUGUU